AUGUGUUUCUGGACAAAUCUCUCCGUGUGGAUGGUUCUACUUUCCCUUGCCCUCAGCCUUGCUUCCUCUACUGAGACCGGCAAAGCCCUCACUCAGGAUAGCAGCAGACCUGGGAGCCAAGGCCUGCUAGACGUUCUGAGGUUCCUCUCUGCUGGUGACCACCCGUCCCUCAGCCAUCCACAAAGCCUCAUCAAAAUUCUGUUGGAGAGGACUGGGUGUCCACAGAGAACAGAUGGCACACGAGGAGAUUGCACGCUGUGUUUGGAACCAGAUGUGCUGUUACUCACAGCUGGGGUAGAUUUGGAGGAUGAGCUGAGAGAGGAGGUGGUCCAGAGAGUUUCUCUCCUCCUCAUCUAUUACAUCAUUCAUCAGGAGGAGAUCUGUUCUUCCAAGCUCAACAUGAGCAACAGAGACUAUGAGUUUUACCUGCACAGCCUCCUCCACCUCAGGCAGAACGAAGACUCCUAUUUCCUUUCCGAGAAGGAGACUGAUGACAUCUUGACUUUUACCAGAAAGUACUUUGGCACUUCCAGUAGCCAGUGUAUGGAAACUAAGAUUCUGCAGAGGGAAUCUGGCAUUCAGGGCAGCAAUGGUGCUGAUGAAAAGACGCUUCCUCAGCUGGCCGCAACCAUCAUCGCUCUGUCACUCCAAGGAGUUUGUCUGGGGAGAAAAGGCUUACCUUCCCCAGAUGAUUUUACAGAAUAUAUUUUCAGUUUCCUGAAUAGUACCAAUACACUCCACCUAUCUGAACUAGAACAACUUCUGAACAUGCUCUUGACCAGAAGAGUCUGUGCCACAAAGGAUACCCUCCAUCAACUCCAAAGGAAACAAAGCACAGAGGUAGAUGGUUUGAGAGACCCCAAGACAUCUACAGCAAUGGACAAAGGGUCUAAUGAUAAUUCUGAUUCCUGGGAUCAGGCUUGCUUCUCUGCUAGGCAGUUGGUGGAGAUAUUUCUACAGAACCAUAGCAGUCUGUCCAUUUCCAAGGAGGACUUCACUCAGCUAAGUCCAGGGAUCAUCCAACAACUUCUCAGCUGCUCUUGUCAGAUGCCCAAGGACCAGCAAGCAAAGCCCCCACCCACCACUCUAGAGAAAUACGGUUACAGCACGGUGGCAGUGACACUCCUGACCUUGGGCUCCAUGCUCGGGACGGCGCUGGUCCUUUUCCACAGCUGUGAGGAGAACUACAGUCUUAUUUUACAGCUGUUCGUGGGCUUGGCUGUGGGGACACUCUCUGGGGAUGCCCUGCUCCAUCUGAUUCCUCAGGUUCUUGGUUUACAUAAGCAGGAAGCAGAACUUGGGCACUUCCAUGAAAGCCAAAGUCCUAUUUGGAAGCUGUUGGGACUACUUGGAGGCAUCCAUGGCUUUUUCUUGAUAGAAAAAUGUUUUAUCCUUCUUGUAUCACCAAAUACCAAGGGCCUGCCAUUAGUUGAUGGACAUGUGGGGCAUGCUCACCAUCUUGGACUUAAUCCUGAAUUAAAUGACCAGUCGGAUGGAGGCAAGUCUAUAUCAACCAUCCAGCUGAAAGGCCUAGAAGAUUCACAGACAGCUGACAAUGUGCCAGUCUCCAAAAGAAACAGCAAAACCAUCAGCUUAUUGGCCAUUAUGAUCCUGGUUGGAGAUAGCCUGCACAAUUUUGCAGAUGGCCUAGUAAUAGGCACAGCCUUCUCCUCUUCACUGGAGUCAGGAGUGACCACAACAAUUGCUAUUUUGUGUCAUGAAAUUCCACAUGAAAUGGGAGACUUUGCAGUGCUCUUAAGCUCAGGACUUUCUGUCAGGACCGCCAUCCUGAUGAAUUUUCUAAGUGCCCUGACGGCCUUCGCAGGACUGUACAUCGGCCUCUCGGUGUCUGCUGACCCACGUGUCCAAGACUGGAUUUUAACAGUGACUGCUGGGAUGUUCUUAUAUUUAUCCUUGGUGGGGAUGCUUCCUGAAAUGACUCAUGUUCAGACACAACGACCCUGGAUGACGUUUCUCCUGCAGAAUGUUGGAUUGGUCCUUGGCUGGUUUUCUCUUUUGCUCUUAGCUGUAUAUGAACAGAAUAUUAAAAUAUAA